GUAGCAGACAGGCGGCCCGCCCCGUGGGUUGGAGUUGUCGUCUUCAGGGCCAGUGUUCCGGGGUAAUACAAAAGAGACAUUGUGGUUGGGAGACAUGGAGCUUAUGGACGUUUUUGUCCCGCCGAGUCUCAGCUCGGCGCUCGGCGCUCUGCUGGUGCUGCUGCUGGUCUACGUGGUCUCCUCUUCGGCUUCCAGCUCGCGGGAGUCCCGCAGGGAGCCUCCGGGGCCCAGGCCGCUCCCCUUGCUGGGGAACCUGCUCCAGCUGGACCUCCGCAGACCACACUGGACCCUCAUGGAGAUGUCCAAGAAGUACGGACCAGUAUUCACCUUCCACAUGGGGCCCAAGAAGGUGGUGGUCCUGGCCGGAUACAAGAAUGUGAAGGAGGCUCUGGUCACGUACGGAGAAGACUUUGGAGAGAGGGAACCUUUGACCACCGUCAAGGAAUCCAAGCUGGAGCACGGAGUCAUAUGGAGCAACGGAGAAUCGUGGAAGGAGAUGAGACGCUUCGCUUUGACCAACCUGAGAGACUUCGGAAUGGGCAAGAAGGCGUGUGAGGACAAGAUCAUCGAGGAAAGCAAACAUCUCAUGGAGAUCUUCAACAGCCACAAAGGGGAAGCGUUCAACAACAACCAGAUCAUCAACUAUGCCGUGUCCAACAUCAUCUGCUCUCUGGUGUUUGGCAGCAGGUUCCGCUACGACGACCCCGUCUUUGUGGCCAUGGUGCAGCGCACCAGCAGGAGCGUCCAGAUAGUCGGUGCUCCAACCAUGCAGUUGUACAACAUAUUCCCCUGGUUCGGCAAGUGGUUCUUCUCAGUGAGAGAGGAGCUCCGCAGUCUGGGAAUCGCCAACCGCAAGCAGGCCAUGGUGCUGGUCCAGGGCCUGAAGGAGACACUCAACCCGCACGCCAGCAGAGGCCUGGUGGACACCUUCCUCAUCCGCCAGCAGCACCAGGAGGAGUCGGGGGAUGUGGGUCACUUCCACAAUCCGAACCUUCUGAUGACAGUGUCCAACCUGUUUCUGGCUGGCACGGAAACCACCGCCACCACACUCAGAUGGGGUCUUCUCCUCAUGGCCAAGUACCCAAAGAUACAAGAGCAGGUCCGUGAGGAGCUGACCAGAGUGAUUGGGGAUCGGCAGGUCCAGGUGGAGGACAGGAAGAACCUGCCCUUCACGGAUGCCGUCAUCCAUGAGACCCAGAGGGUGGGCAACAUCAUCCCCAUGUCGCUUCCUCACAGGACCAGUCGGGAUGUCACCUUCCAGGGUCACUUCAUCAAGAAGGGGACGACGGUGCAUCCUCUCCUCACGUCCGUCCUCUACGAUGAGGAUGAGUGGGAGAAGCCGUACUCCUUCCAUCCCGCCCACUUCCUGGACAAAGACGGGAACUUUGUCAAGCGAGACGCCUUCAUGCCCUUCUCUGCAGGUCGCAGGGUCUGCCUGGGAGAAAGUCUGGCCAGGAUGGAGCUCUUCAUCUUCUUCGCCACGCUUCUGCAGCACUUCCGCUUCACCCCUCCCCCGGGGGUCUCGGAAGACCAGUUGGACCUGACUCCACAGGUGGGCGCCACCCUCUGCCCAGCGCCCCACAAACUGUGUGCUGUCUCAUGCAUGUGAGGUUAGAUGGAGAGCGCUCUCCGCAGUUUGAUGGUAUCUUUAAUGUUCCUGGCGUAUUUGGAGAGAACAAUCACUUGUUUGUAAAACUAAAUGAUCUAUAAAAUGUAAUUAUGUUUUAAAUCCUCUCUGGUGAUUUCCUAAUGAUAUGCUUUGCCAUGGAGUCAUAUAGGAACAAAUUGAACAAUUGUGCUGAACAAUUUGCUUCCAUUUUGAUUCAUCUUUUUGAAGAUAUUAAAAAAAAACAACUGUGUACAUCUUUGGAUGGGUAACAUGAAAAAUGCCGAAACCAAAGAAACAAAACGUCUGAGAAAAAUGUAGAAACGAACAAUGCUAAAUAAAAGGGCCAGGAACCAACACAUGCAAGGAAACAAAAGCAAUGAGGCAGCCCAGGAACAUUCAUUCAUUUUUUACCGCUUUUCCUCACGAGGGUCGCGGGGGGUGCUGGA